CGGGUAUGGUGGUGCCACCCAGGGCAAAGACCACAACAAGGGAUUAAUUUUAUCGUGUCACACACUUUAUUAGACGUAUCUCGAUUUUCUCCUGUUCAAUUCACAUUGAAUGUUAUUCUUUGCAUAGUGGUAUCAGAUUUAUUGAAAAGAAAACUUACAAGUAACUGGACUUUUAUGACACCUGUUUCAUUUGAGGCUUAGGCCCUGCCUGAAGUGCAAGAUCAUUGUUAGCUGCAUAUGGAAUUUCUGAUGACCUAAGUUGCGAUAGUUUCAAGCUUCAUUCAAGAUAGAUAUUUGCAAUCUAUUACAUGCUAGCAUGCUACCUUGGUGUAUGAUGUUUUAAAGCCCGACAUUGCACGAGGUGCUCUAACCAUUGUCGUUUUGUCAAUUAAAAUUACGUCAACACGAAUACCGUAACGUGAUUCUAGCUUAGGAUGGAGAAGGACGAAGGGAGCUCCUCAACAAAAAAGGUCAAAGUUGAACGAGGUGUGGAGGAAAACAAUCCAAGUAAAGAUUCUGCUCCGGUAGAGAGUGAGGAGUUAAUUUCGAAUUCUGAACUGGAUGAGGGGCUGCAGAUGAAAUUAUCAAGGAUGAACCAGAGCGAAUGCAACGUAGCAUCGCCUGCUGAAUUUGUGCGAAUGUUCGGAGGCAACAAGCAAAUUGAGAAGGUGCUCAUUGCCAAUAAUGGAAUAGCUGCUGUAAAAUGUAUGAGGUCAAUGCGAGGAUGGGCGUACGAUCUCUUUGGAAACGAUCGAGCUAUCAAAUUUGUAGUAAUGGUGACACCAGAAGAUCUUAAGGCCAAUGCAGAAUACAUCAAAAUGGCGGAUCAUUAUGUACCCGUACCUGGCGGCCCAAAUAACGAGAAUUACGCCAAUGUUGAAUUGAUAUUGGACAUUGCUAAAAGAAUACCCGUGCACGCCGUUUGGGCUGGUUGGGGUCACGCCUCAGAAAAUCCGCGACUGCCUGACAUCUUGCAGCAAAAUGAUAUUGAAUUUAUAGGGCCUUCUUCGACAUCAAUGUGGGCAGUGGGUGACAAAGUUGCCGCGUCGAUCAUUUGCCAGACUAUUGGAAUACCUACCUUGCCAUGGAGUGGAAAUGGCUUGUUACUGGAUCAGCCUGGCUGCAUAGAGAAUGGAAAACUCAAAGAACUUCCUGAUGAUUUGUACAACGAUGCUUGUGUUGUCGAUGUGAUGGAUGGAAUUAAGAUGGCUGCAAAAAUCGGGUACCCACUCAUGAUCAAAGCCUCCGAAGGUGGUGGGGGCAAAGGAAUUCGCAAAGCUAGAAACGAUGAGGAAUUCACAAAUAUGUUUCGUCAGGUUCAAGCAGAAGUCCCAGGAUCACCCAUUUUCCUCAUGAAAUACCUCACAAAGGCUCGUCAUCUUGAGGUUCAGAUAUUGGCUGACAAAUAUGGUCAGGCUGUUGCCUUGUUUGGUAGGGAUUGCUCUGUACAACGAAGACAUCAGAAAAUCAUCGAAGAAGGACCUGUGACUAUUUGUAGCAAGGAAACCAUCAAGAAAAUGGAAGAGGACGCAAUUAAACUUGCCAAACUUGUUGGCUACGUGAGUGCUGGAACUGUCGAGUAUCUUUACGACUUCGAAACGAAGACAGUGUAUUUCCUGGAACUUAAUCCAAGACUGCAAGUUGAGCACCCCUGUACGGAGAUGAUCACUGACAUCAAUUUGCCGGCGGCACAGUUGCAGAUUGCAAUGGGAAUACCUCUCCAUCGCAUAAAAGACAUUAGGGUACUUUUUGGUGUAUCUCCAUGGGGAAACUCGCUUAUCGACUUCACAGCAACAAACUCGCAAUCGGUUCCAAAGGGACACGUUAUCGCCGCACGCAUAACAGCAGAAAACCCUGACGAGGGAUUCAUGCCUAGCAACGGAACGAUCAAGGAGCUGAAUUUCCAUAGCAGCAAAUACACUUGGGGAUACUUUAGCGUCUCCGCAGAGGGAAGCUUGCAUAAAUACGCCGAUUCUCAAUUCGGACAUGUUUUCUCUUGGGGAGAAGAUAGAGAUUCAGCCCGAAAGAACAUGGUCCUUGCCUUGAAGGAGUUAUCAAUCCGAGGAGACUUCAGAACAACAGUCCAGUUCUUGGUGCACAUAAUGGAAUCAGAUGUUUUCUUGAAAAACCGGAUAGAUACAGCUUGGUUGGACAAUCUCAUUGCGGAAGAUGUCAAGGCCGAAAGUCCAGAUAUCCUGCUCGCUGUAAUUUGCGGUGCACUGCAUGUUGCUGAAGCUAGCAUCAAUAAUUCAAAUCAUAGUUUUCAGUCUGCCCUCGAAAGGGGCCAGAUACCAAAGCCAGAAAUGCUGAAGACAAGUGAAAUAGUUGAGCUCAUCCAUCAGUCAACCAAGUACAGCCUUGUAGUGAAUCAAAAUGGCCCAAAUUCAUAUUUUCUUAUUAUGAAUGAUUCGACAGUUGAAGUUGAAGUCCAUAGGCUGAGUGAUGGCGGCCUCCUCGUCUCUCACGAUGGCAAUGGCUACACGACAUAUAUGAAAGAAGAGGUUGAUGGUUAUCGAAUUGUCAUCCAAGGAAAGACUUGUGUCUUUAGAAAGGAAAACGACCCAACGGUUCUCAGAGCUUCAUCAGCCGGGAAGCUCAUUAAUUAUCUCGUGGAAGAUGGCGGUCACGUGGUUAAAGGCGAGGCUUAUGCUGAAAUCGAGGUGAUGAAAAUGGUUAUGACACUAAAUGCUCCUGAAAAAGGACGCGUACAUUUUAUCAAAUGCCCGGGGGCAGUCCUAGAUCCAGGAAUGGUAGUUGCAAGGCUUGAGCUGGAUGCUCCAAGUAUGGUCAAACAGGCACAACUGUUUCUUGGAAAAUUCUCACUUCCGCAAGGACCCAAAAUCAAAGGAGACAAGCUUCAUCAGCUUUGUCUCAAUGCUAAAGAAAAUUUGGCAAAUAUGAUGUGGGGCUAUGUGCUCCAGGAUCCGUAUUUUGAAGAGAAGAUGAUAGAGAAUUUGAAGACCCUUAACAGCACUCUGAGAAGUCAUUCGCUACCCUUGCUUGAGAUGCAGGACGCCCUUGCGUCGGUGUCUGGCCGAAUUCCAGCAAGAGUUGAGGAUAGAAUAAAAACACAGCUUCUUCAGUACUCCAGCAACAUCACAGCUAUCUUGAACACGUUUCCAAGCCAGCAGAUUACAAAUAUUAUUGACUCCCAUGCCGCUACACUUUCAACAAGAGAAGAAAAAGAUAAAUUUUUCGAAAACACGCAAGGGAUUAGAGAUAUCGUUCAAAGGUAUCGAAAUGGCCUCAAAGGGCACAGAAAGGCCGUUAUUUUAGGCCUUAUACGGCAAUACUUACUGGUCGAGAACCAAUUUAAUCAAGGCAAUUAUGACAAGUGUGUGUCAUCUAUGAUGUCAUCACUAAAGAAUGACGACAAGUCUUCAGUUGUACAAAGCAUUCUUUCCCAUGCUGCUGUAACGAAGAAAAAUAUGAUCGUUGUUCAUCUCAUCGACUGUUUGUGUGGAAGAGAAACUGGAUUAUCUGAAGAUUUGAAGCUGCUUCUUGAGGACCUUACUUUGCUUAAUCGACAAGAACAUGCCAAAGUCACCCUUAAAGCGAGACAGGUCCUCAUACAGAGCCACAAACCGUCAUUCGAGGUACGUCACAACCAGUACGAGAAGAUCUUCUUGUCAGCUAUUGAUCUGUACGAAAUGCAAUUCAACCCGGAGAAUUUGCAGAACAUCAUUCUAUCUGAAACUGCCGUAUUCGAUGUUCUUCCAAGUUUUUUCUUUCAUCGAAACGAUUUGAUCAGAAUGGCUGCGCAUGAGGUUUAUAUUCGAAGAAGCUACCAGGCAUACGAACUGACGUCAUGUUCUCACAAUCAGAUUGGGGAUAUAAACUGCAUAUUGUUCCAGUUCCGACUCCCAAUUACCCACCCAAACAGAAUGGAACAGCAACGUAGAAAUUCGCCAUCAACCGAGAAGCUGAAGAGCAUGUCCAUGACAAGGGUUCGCAGUCUCAGUGAGGAGCUUAACGAACUUAUUCAUAGAGACUGUACCAAUCCUGAUUUCCAAAGGAUGGGAGCAAUGGCUGCAUUUUCAUCAGUGGAAGAGUUUCUGACGCACUUUGACCUUCUUGUGAACCAGUUCCAACACAGUGCAAAGCAGAGCCCAAGGUCCUCAUUUUCAUCAGCUGGCUCUGGUGGCUCACUUCUUGGCACCGUUAAAGAAAACUCCAGCACCGACUCUUUUGACAAAGCAGAAGAUCCAAUUCACGUGGUAAACGUCUGUAUCAAAUUCAGUGAUAUCUCACUUGCAAACCAAGAGAAACAGAGAGAUAAAUUUGCCGAAAUUCUGCAGACACGGAGUGAAAUCCUCAAAAAACACGGAGUUCGUCGAUUCACGAUUUCACUAACAGAUUGCAAGGGUACCUUUCCUUUGGUAUUCACAUACCGGGCAAGGACAAACUUCACUGAAGACUCGAUCUACCGCAACCUGGAGCCUGCGCUAGCAUUCCAACUUGAGCUCAGUCGCCUACGCCAGUUUGACUUGACGCAGAUACCAACCGCUAACAAUAAUCUCCACGUCUAUUUUGGUGCAGCGAAAAAGGUUACAGAUAAACAAGAGGUUACCGAUCAUCGCUUCUUCAUUCGCGCCAUCGUGAGGCACUCUGAUCUGGUCACGCAGGAAGCAUCGUUUGAUUAUCUUGAGAAAGCCAGUGAGAUUACACUGCUGGAGGCUUUAGAUGAGCUGGAAUUGGCUGUCAGCCAAGUGAAAAAAAGAACAGACGGGAAUCAUUUGUUCUUGAAUUUCGUCCCCACAGUAAUCAUCGAACCGCACAAGAUCGAAAAUAGUAUAAGAACGAUUGUACUUCGUCAUAAAAACAGGCUGUGGAAACUUCGUCUGUUGCAAUCUGAAAUGCGAAUGGUCAUUAGAUUGACACCAGAAGGCACCCGGAUCCCACUGAGAUUGUUUCUUUCAAAUGAAUCCGGAUACAAUCUCGAUAUCCAUAUUUACAGGGAGGUUGAAGACCCAAGGACGAGACACAUUGUGUUCAAUUCGUAUGGCUCAAAGCAAGGACCCAUGAAUGGCCUACCAACAACAACACCUUACGUGACAAAAGACCAUCUGCAGUUGAAGCGAUAUGAUGCUCAGUCACGUGACACAACAUAUGUCUACGAUUUCCCAGAAUUGUUCAGACAGGCUGUGAUAAAAGAGUGGAGGCAGUGGGCGACCAAGAACAAGGAAAAGUUCAAUCCAAACCUUGAAGUUAUCAAAGCAACUGAGAUGUUUAUAGACGAAAACGACAAGCUUGCCACUAUUAACAGACUGGCUGGGGAGAAUGACGUAGGAAUGGUGGCUUGGCAAAUGACGCUUAUGACACCAGAGUACCCGGAUGGAAGAGACGUGAUCGUGGUUGCGAAUGACCUCACACACAUGAGUGGAUCUUUCACUCCUGCCGAAGACAUGCUAUAUUAUAAAGCUUCAACUCGUGCCCGACAACUUGGAAUUCCUUUCAUCUACUUGUCAGCAAACAGUGGCGCGAGAAUCGGACUUGCGGAGGAGGUAAAACAUGUUUUCAAUGUGGCCUGGGUCGAGCCGGGCUCGCCAGACAAGGGUUUUAAGUAUCUCUAUUUGACGCCCUCGGAUUACAAGAAGCUCAGCGCCAGUAACUCUGUUAGAGCUGAACCAAUUGAAGACGAAGGGGAAUCUAGAUAUAAACUGACUGAUAUAAUUGGCAAAGAUUUGUCAUUAGGUGUUGAAAAUUUGAAAUAUUCUGGUUUGAUUGCUGGUGAAACUUCAAGAGCGUAUGACGAAAUUGUCACAAUGAAUUUAGUUUCUUGCCGCAGCGUGGGGAUUGGCUCCUAUCUUGUGCGUUUAGGACAAAGAGUUGUGCAAGUUGACAAUUCCCAUAUCAUUCUAACUGGAUACAGUGCCUUAAAUAAAGUUCUUGGAAGACAUGUUUACACUUCCCAUAAUCAACUUGGUGGGAUCGAAAUCAUGUACAAAAACGGUGUCUCCCAUGCUUCUGUCCCUGAUGAUUCUGCUGGCAUAAAUACGUUAAUAUCAUGGCUGUCCUACAUUCCUAAGAAUCGCCAUAGCCCUCUUCCAAUCAUGCCUUCGACUGACCCUGUAGAUCGCGAAAUCGAUUUUAUUCCACCGAAAGGAAGCUACAAUCCACGGCAUAUAAUAACAGGAAGACCCAGUCAAGACGAUUCGUCUACCUGGCAAAGUGGAUUAUUUGAUGAUGGAUCAUUUACAGAGAUAAUGGCCGGCUGGGCAACAACUGUUGUCUGUGGCAGAGCCAGACUUGGCGGUAUACCAAUAGGCGUGAUUUGCCCAGAAACAAGAGCAAUGGAAAGUCAUAUUCCCCCCGAUCCAGCUGAUCCCAGCUCAGAGACAAAGGUAGUUAUACAGGCUGGACAGGUUUGGUACCCAGACUCCUCCUACAAAACAGCUCAAACAAUCAACGACUUUAACCGUGAGGGGCUUCCCCUCUUUAUCUUUGCCAACUGGAGAGGGUUCUCAGGUGGUAUGAAAGAUAUGUACGAUCAAGUUUUGAAGUAUGGCUCAUACAUUGUCGAUGCAUUGAGAAAAUACAAGCAGCCUGUCUUGAUUUAUAUACCUAAAAACGGAGAGUUGAGAGGCGGAGCAUGGGUGGUUGUCGAUCCGACUAUCAAUCCGGAGCACAUGGAGCUGUAUGCGGACGCAGAGUGCAGGGGUGGAGUUCUAGAGCCUGCAGGCACAGUGGAAAUCAAGUUCAAAAUGAAAGAUCUGCUCAAGGCGAUGCGUAGACUGGAUGACACCUAUGCCUCAUUGUGCCAGAAAUUGGCAUCGCCAGAAUUGUCAAUCAUUGAAAAGAGAAAUUUAGAGCAGAAGGUUGCUGAGAGGGAGGUACAACUUGCUCCUAUCUACCAACAGAUUGCCAAGCGAUUCGCGGAUCUCCACGAUACCGCAGGAAGAAUGCAGGAGAAGAACGUUGUCUCGGACGUUCUAAAAUGGAAAAAUUCAAGAAAAUUCUUUUACUGGAGACUGCGAAGGCUACUUAGUGUCGAGAGGGUGAAAAAGAAGAUAUCUGAAGCGGUUAGGGAGGCUUCAGAUGCCCAUAUUAACUCAAUGCUUGAAAGGCUUUUCUUGGAGGCUUAUGGAUCGGUGAAGUCCUACCUUUGGCAAGACAACGAAAUUGUUGCCAAGUGGAUAGAAACAGACCUUGAGAAAGAAGAGGAAUCUGCUAUUAGAGAAAAUAUCAAGUGGAUAAAGAGAGACGCAAUUUUGAGGAAAGUUAAAGGGCUUCUUCGUGAAAGUCCCGAAAUAGCAAUGGAUGCUAUCGUACACAUCGCUCAAACAUUUACACCUGAUAAACGAAAUGAUCUGUCACGUGUGCUCGCUGAUCUGGGAUCAAGCGAAUCAAAUGAAGGAGAUUCAACACCCCCUUGUGCUUCGACAAUGAAAGUCUCUAACGAAUUUUCAUCGGAAGAUAGUGACAAAAUAUAAACCGUUUUUACUUAACAUUCAAUCAGAUUUCAUAAAUUGCCUAUUGUUACUUUGUAUUGCGGGGCUGGUUUUCAUUUUGAAUAGAGUUACUGAGUAAAUUGCCUAAUUUGUUAGUGCCUAAAUGAGACACGUCUUUAUUAUAUCUUGCUCUGAAAAAAUCUUAUUUUUGUGUGUUAUUUUCCAAUAAAAGAAUCGUCGGUGUUGGAGCCUUGGCCUUUCAGUAAAUCUGCUUUAACUCAUUUCGGGGUUCAAUCUAUAGCGAGACUUUUUUUUAAUUGGCUAGAUUUAGAAGAUCUUAAUAUUAUCAAGAUGUCUUCCAGGAUUAUGGACACAGAAGAAACUUAGAAUGCUUUUGAUGUCAACACGUUGUACAGCAAUAGGGGCAAACUAACUAAACAAAUAUUUUUGUUAUUAACUUGCGAGUCCAGAAGUUAUUCUGUGGGAAGAUUCAAUGACUAAAUUUCUCUAAGAGAAAGAAUAUAAGCUUGAUGUCGGGCUGACAGGCCUUUUCCUAAUGUAAGAGGUGGUUUUCCAUUCAAAUUUUCCUCUACUCGUCUUCCUCUUCCUCUUCCUGCAGUUACUUCUGUCACCUUUUCCUCGCUUUGCCAAAAGUGCUAGGAAUUUUUACUUUGUUUGAUUUGAUUUUCAAAGGCAACCCGUUUCACUCUUUCCUUUAAAACCUUUAUGUUUAGCUCAGUGUGUUAAGUUUUGAACACAGUAAAACGUGUCUUGCACAGAAGAGUAGAUGAGCUUACGAACUAUUUCGCUUUAAAAUAGUGUUCUAGAAGAACGAUUGUUUAGUGAAUAUGUUGCAGUAUUUUGCUUUCCAAGGGACCUGUUAUACAUAUUUUGCGAUGUGUUUUUAUGGCGAUAUGAGUUAACUAAAUAAUUAUGUAUUGGACUUCGUGUUAUUGUGUCAGCGAGAUUAUAUUAUUGUGUAGGUGAUCGAACUCGAUAUGUGUGAUCAGUUUGUGUUUUUUGAGGACAUUUCGACUUUUAUACUUGGUAUGCCUAAAGUCCUUUGUUGAUUCGUUAUUUUCGUUUGUUUUGACAAAUAACUUUCAUUUUCGGAGGUAAUUAGAUGAACACUUUAGAUUCUAUUAUAAAAUAUGAAAGAGUUUUUAUGA